AUAUUCGGAGACAAAAUCAGUAGCAUCACCAGUGCCCCACGCUGACUCGCCGGAUGACUCCAAGGGCGUGUUAACUCAUCGGUCACGAGCUCUUUAAUGGCAACCCUAGGUCCGGCCUACCGGCCGAGCACUAUAAGACCAACGCCGAGGGUUCAUUGCGCACGGAACGACUUCAAGUCUCUGUAAUGACAUUGUCCAGGACGCCGCUCGUUACCGCCGUGGUCGGUAUACUUUCUGCAGCUACUUCUGCCAAUGCUAUCAUGAACGGCGUUGGUAAAUUACCUGUGAUGGGAUACAAUGCUUGGAACGCCUUUGCAUGCAACGUCAAUGAGACACUCAUCAUCCAGACUGCACAAAACAUGAAGGAGUAUGGCCUCCUGGAUGUUGGGUAUAACCAUGUCAACCUCGACGAUUGCUGGGCUAUGAAGAACCGUAGCUCUACUGGCGAGGUCAUGUCAGAUACUAUCAGGUUCCCCAGCAUGAACAACCUCACAGACCAGCUACACGCUCUUGGCUUUUACGCAGGCAUAUACUCUGACUCUGGUUGGUUUACCUGCGCUAGAUACCCCGGAUCCUUCAUGCACGAGGAACAGGACGCUAUGACCUUCCAAUCCUGGGGUUUCGACUUCCUCAAGUAUGACAACUGCGCCAUUCCAUAUGAUGACAUCAUCCGGGAGGGCAUGAUUGGAAAGUAUCAGCGCAUGGCAGAUGCUCUCGCCGCGGUCGCAGAGAAAACUGGCACUACCCUCAUAUUCAGUUUGUGUGAGUGGGGCUGGAAUCAAGUCUGGCUGUGGGGUGCACAGAUUUCUCACAGUUGGAGAAUUGAUGGUGACAUUGUGCCCCAUUGGAACUCGCUUGCUAGUAUCAUCAACUCCGCAUCAUUCAUCACGCAAGCUACUAAUCACUAUGGGCACAAUGAUCUCGACAUGCUCGAAAUCGGGAACGGAAAUCUUACGUACGACGAAGCAAAGACACACUUUACUGCAUGGGCACUUGUCAAGGCCCCCCUGCUCAUAGGCACUAAUCUCGCCGCCAUAAGCCAGGAGAUGCUCAGCAUCCUGAAGAACCAAGAAAUCAUUGCGGUCAACCAGGAUCCUGUCUAUGGCACUAGCAUCUCGCCAUUCCGCUGGGGCAUCAAUCCUGACUGGACCUACAACGUGACACACCCUGCUCAAUACUGGAGUGGUCCCAGUGAGAAUGGAACGGUUUUCAUGCUCAUCAAUACCCUGAGCGAGCCGGCUGAUAUGUUUUUCAACCUCACGGAAUCUCCUUGGAUUCGCGCUGGCAUCCAGUAUUCUGUCCGGGACUUGUGGACGCACACAGACAACGGCACCGCUGUGCGUGACUUCACGGCCAUGAGCGUCCCAGCACAUGGUGUAGUGGCGCUGUUGCUCAAGGAAGAUGGGAAUGAGCCCGCUGGGUUGAUGCCACCCUGUGCUGGCCUAGCUCUUUCACAAUGCACUGCUGAGAAUGGGACGAUAUACUCAUGAGCCGCGUAUGGUCUUACCCAUGACUCUAUGCAGUACCACAGUCAGUUGUAUUUGUAAACUUUGGCUCACUGUGCACAUCAGAAUCUGACGGGGAUUUGCCUACAUCUGCUAGAGGCUGUUGCUGAUAAGUUAGCUGCGAUGCCACAAUCAUUCAAACGACAAGAGAUUCACAAACGAGAUUCAAGAUUAACCCGUGGAUCGGGGGCGGUUUUGAAAGCCA